GUAAACUUCAAAUCGUCCUAUUUAACAUUUACAGUGUAUGUGGUAGAAGAUGUUAAAGGAACUUUAAAAUGUAAUUUCUAAAAUCUUCCAUGUUAUACCUGUCAAUAUUGACAAAUUAAAAGAAUAAUCCUAAUUUUAAAAUUUGUAGUUUAUAUAGUUUUGUAUGCAAGUUUAUUUUAAGAAAAUUAGCUUUUGUUUUUAUCGUUCUGUUUUUUUAAUAAUGACCAGCCACCAUGAUGACUUGUACCUGCUUUUAGAAGUGGUCACGGUAGUAGGAAUCUGUAUGUGUUUCCAACGCACGUGAUUUAUCGAUACCGGAAUUUUGUCCCAAUGUCAAUUCUGUGCAAAAAAAAAUGUCUGCCAUGAGCACGUGCAGUGCCAGCUUUUUUCUUUGCAGGUACAGCCUUGGUAUCCACUCUCUUCUUGAACACCCCACUCCCCUUUAGUGCAUUGUUUUGUUUUCCCCCUACCUCCCAACUCUCUAUGAGCAAGUUUAAAGGUCCACAGAGAGGGAGGCUGUGACUUCGGACAGGGCGCUGAAACUAGCGCAGGAAGCUUUGCCAGGCACUGCAUUCCAGGUAAGUGUAUUCUUUCUUUUAUAUGGUAUUAAGGAGGGAGGACCACAUAGCUAAUAUGCGAUAGGGCAUUGUAAAUGAAACACAUUUUAUUAAAAAGAGGUGGCAUAACUCUUUCAUGAAAACCUCUAGCUUGGAGAUUACCUGCCGGCUGCCACACACAUCUUUAAAUCUAUUUUAGAGACAAUUCAUUAAAUGUAAACAACAAAAAUGCUAAGAACCGCUUCUUUAAUCUAUGACAUGUCCUCCAAAUGACAUGGCGUUUAACAAUAAUGCAGAAGAAAGUAUAACAUCGCUGAACAGGAAAAAUGUCCAACACAAACUCUUUAGUUUGUGUCAUUUCCUAAAACUAAAGUGAAAUUCAACAAUAGCAGGAAAUGUAUUGGAUCCUUUUCACACAUCCUCUCUCUCCCAGCUCUGUUUUUACAAAGGCAUGUUACAGGAAAACAAAAUCGCUCAAAUCAGGUCAUGUGAUCACGAGCCACUGUGUCCACUUUCUGAACUACAGCAAAUGCAUUCACAACAUUUCCAGAGAUGCAAGUAUAACAAGACACAUGGCAUCAAAAAUGUAAGUAUUUUUCUUCUGAAUUCUAAAUGACUAUGAAGUUGUGUAAAGACUGUAUACACUGCAAAGCUUAAAAUACAUUUUAUUCGUGUUUUUCAGAAAUCGUAGACUUUAAAAAGUAUAUAUAUGUAUUUUUAUUUUAAGGUUUGUCCGAAAGGGAUGUAUGCCACUCGUGUUAGGGUCUUGUUGGAUUUUUUGUGGCCCACUAACACAUUUUAAAUGUUCUUACUUUAUAUAUUUCUCUGUGCUGAAUAAUUUUUCUUAUAUGCUGUAGUUUUUUUAAGGUAAAAAACAUUGAAAAAAGGGAAUUGGGGGCACACCUGGAACAUGCAUUUCUCUGCAAUGGUGCUGCUGUAGAGACCAAAAUGUAAACAAAAUACAGAUUAGGGAACAGCACACACAAAAAUAGAUUUACAUUUCAGAAAGCUACCUAAAAUGACCUAUUUCCACAAACCAUAAUGGGGAUUCAGUUACACCAUAUGUCUGUAUCGUGUUAAGCCCACCACAAAGCCACAGUACCCCAAUAUCGGUAGAUCCUACGUUAAUUCUAACAUGGGAAUAGUGCUAAAAGAGCUAAUGUGCAUUUUAAUAAUCUGUUAUAACAACAUUGUGAAUAUAUAUAAUGCAAAAUUAUUGUGAUAAACGCAAUUAAAAAAAACAUUGUCAAAACUAAACAAUUAAGGUGAAAGUGCUUUGAUGUAUAUACUAACAAUGCAUAUCAUAUAUCUGCUCUAUAUCAAAUGAAAAUUAGAAUUAAAGUAGCAUUACUAUCAAAAUCCUCCUCAAAUUUAUACUCUCCUGUGGUCACCUCCAAAGGAGCACCUGAAGCUGGGGAAUUCGUCACAGUACCCCAAUAUUGGUGCGUUCUACAUGUAGUGGUGAGCUUAACACAAUAGGGUAACAUGGUAAAAACUGAUACCCCAUAUUUGUUUGGGGUGAUAGGUGAUUCUAAGUAGCCUUGUAAAAUAUAAAACCACUAUGUGUGUAUGAUGUUACUUAAUCUGUAUUGUUUUAUUUUAUUUUUUUAAAGGAACACUUUUGGCACCUUAAGAACUUUAAUCUUAAUGCAGUUGUUAUGGUCCCUGUAGGUCCUGGGUGGUGUCUUACCUUACGGGGUUAAACCAUUUACAAACCAUAUAACCCCAAAAUGUUCCACACAGCACCCAUCCUCCAAGACCCUCUGCCACCUUCCAAACUUCGAUGCAGACACCUUGACUGGGUGCCAGUGGUAGGCUGAGAGUCUUCUUAUUGCGAAACAUGUAUAACAAAGACCACUUUGGGGAUGUAACCAUUUGUAAAUGGUUAAAUGACUCAUUAGUGAAAUCUAAAUCCUGGAUCUCCGAAUAUGUAUUACCAGUUUAACAGACUUGCAUUAUAUAUACGUUUUAGAGUUGAUGUUGGAAACUUUUUUGGCCAAUUAAUUCAGGUUGUUCUGCUUGGCUAUGAACAUGAAUCUAAUAGAAGAUGGAUAAUGGGGCUAGAUAUAUUUCUAUAUGAUUUCACUGUGAAAUGGGAGUAACCUCAUUUGACCUUAGCAGGAAAACAUUCAGCAUUUAUCGAUAUGCCUUGUCUAACCUUCUGGACCGCAAUUAAGAUUACGUUGCUCAUCUGCCUGCCCUGUCAGCAAACUGGGCUUGUACACAAAUGUUGAGAGAGAGAGAGUUCCAAAGUGUUUGCACUUGCCUUUUUUUUGUGAUAUAUAAUAUAAAGACUGGAUUAGUCGUACUAGUCCAGUAUACAAGAUGCAGAGUAUUGCACUGUGCAAUGAGUUAUUUUAUUUAUUUUUUAUUUGAUUAACAUAAUACCUAAAAGACUACUUAUUUUUAUAUUUAUUUAUUUAUUUAUUUUGAUAGUUGCUUACUUAAAGGAAAACUCCACACCAAAAAAUGUAAUCUAUAUUUAAUCGAUAUACUUCCAAAACAAGCAAGCAUGCAUUUACUGCUGCAUAUUUUCAAAAGUUUGCAAAAGCUUCAGUUCUUAUGUCUGCAAACUCCAUAUGCCCUUCCAUUUAUUCCAAGCCCUGUCUCAGUGUGUACUGAUGAUUCAGAGUCUUCUGGUUCUGAGCUAUGAGUGUGCAUGUGUGCAGCGAGACGGGUAGCUUGAGAGGAUAUAGGAGCCACAAAGAUGCAGGAGCCAUGGAGGACCACGCAUAGUUACUCUAACACAGGGGUAGUCCACCUUUUAAUACCUACCGCCCACUUUCGAAUCUUUGUUGAUGGUAAAAUUUCUUUACCACCCACUAGUGCCACAGUAACUAAUUUUAUAGUGCAAGUGCGUUUUUUUUUUUUUUUGAAAGGAGGGUUUUAAAAAAACAAAAACGUAUGCACUUAAAUUUGUCUAUUUUAUUAAAAAAUGUUUCUCUUUUCUAUUCUAUUGUUUUUCUAUGUGUGUCUGUGAGGUGCAGUGUGUGCAAAGAAUGUAGUGUGUGCAUUAGUGAUGCAGUGUGUGCAAAGAAUGUAGUGUGUGCGUUAGUGGUGCAGUGUGUGAGGGGGCAUUUUCUGCAGAAACCACCACGCCCACCUGAAAUCCCAAACUGCUCACUAAUAGGUGGUAGGGACCCAUGCUCUAACAUAACACGCCUGCCACUUCCAUUAGCUCAGAGGAGUCAACAGAAGGCUGUUUUACAGCAGAGGACGUGUUUCUAACUUUAUUGUGAAAGAGCUGAUUCAGGGAGAUUGGCACUUUUAUAAUAUGCAACUUAAACAGGGAUACUAUACAAACAUUAAAGGAUCACUAUAGUGUCAGGAAAACAAACCUGGCGCUGAAGGGGUUAAAAUCCCUUCAGCCACUUACCUUAAUCCAGCACCGGGCUCCCUUGCGCUGGUGACCUCUCCUCCCAGUCCGGCAUCACUGGAGCCGAAUGCGCAUGCGCGGCAAGUGCCACGCGCGCAUUCAAAGUGUCCAUAGGAAAGCAUUUCUCAAUGCUUUCCUAUGGACACUCUGCGCGAUGGAGGCAUAAUAUGCCUCCAGCAUUGCAGAUGCGCCUCUAGUAGCUGUCUGGAAGACAGCCACUAGAGGCUGGAUUAACCCCAAAUGUAAACAUAACAUUCUCUGAAACUGCUAUGUUUGCAUCUGAAGGGUUAAAACCUGAGGGACCUGGCACCCAGACCACUUCAUUGAGCUGAAGUGGUCUGGGUUACUAUAGUGUCCCUUUAAGCACUUAAGCAAGCUGCAAUGCUUUAUGUGAUGAGUGGUCCUUCUAAUAAAGUGUAGAUGUGUGCCAUACAGCACAAAACCAAAAACAAUGAUAGUAUCCACUAAACAAUUUUCUUUAGCAAUAAGUUAAAUGCAAAGUAGAAGCAAAAAGAAGCUUUGUAAUUGUAGACAUGCAGAAAAACUAACUGUGUUUUUUUUUUUUUGUAUCCUAAAAGCCACGUUUUGUUACUUGAUGCCCAAGAUAUGAACCUUGAAGCAGAGGUUUAUAAAGUAGAGUGUACUUACUAUUACACCAUAUGAUGGAUUCUUGGAUGUAUUUACCCAUGUUCACAUCGACUAUGAAUGUAUGUCUUAAUUCAGACUUUUAUUUCUGCAGGUUGUCCACCAAGAAACGCUCACUCCUGAUUGUACUGGUGAUUGUCAGCUGUGUGGCUUCUGUUGUAGCACUUCCCAUCACUGAGUGCCCUGACCACUGUACCUGCCUUCCUCUCCAGCAAUACAUCCAGUGCCAUAAUAUCACCCUUACACAGCUACCAUCUCAGUUUGACAACAAUACAAUGGAACUCCAUAUGCAAAACAACAACAUUCCAGUCCUUAAUAACAGUUUUGUACAGGACAUGCCUCAGAUCAGGAGCCUCCACCUCAGCAAUAGUAAUAUUCGCAUCAUUCAGUCCGGUGCCUUCCAAGAGAUUAAUAGCCUUGAGUACUUGUAUCUGGACAGUAAUGAGCUAAGUUACUUUGAGGAGGGCUCAUUCUACAAUCUGAGCAACCUGCUAUACCUGUACCUGGACAAAAACAAGAUCACCUACCUGCAUCCAGGUACAUAAGCUGAACUGUAUUUAGAAUUAUGGCCCAAGAGCAAACUAAGAGAACAUAGGCUGCACAUUUAUGACAUAGGCAAGUUUUAUAUAUAAAAUGUAUUUUCGUAAUUUGUAUAUCACUCCGUAAUAUGUAUAUAUAAUUUUUAUACAGGACAAUACAGUGGAUUAUUCAACCACGUAUGCUCUUUGUCUUUGCACACCCUUUAAAAAUAAAUAAAUAGAAAAUUAAAAAAAAAUCCUUAAUUUAAGAAUUGGCAUUUCUGCAGGUCCAUGGCUAUAGCAAUAGUCCUGAUGAGAUACAUCAUACAUUCAUCAGUUAAUACAUCUUAGCAUAGAGACAUUACAUUCAUCAGAGUAAUAUAUUUUAGCAUAAAUACAUUAUAUUACAUAGAUAACAUUACACGUCAUCUUUACAAGUGUAGUAGUAGGUGACAUGGUACAAUCUUGGCAGAGCUGGCUUACAUAUAUAGUAUUUAGCAAUGGCAGGUUGUACCAGUGCCAUGUUCCGCCUCCUGCCAGGUUUUUGUUUUAUUUUAACAGUAAACAAAGUAGUAUUUUACAGAGUGAGAACGUAUAGAAAGGAAGAACAACUAGGAGAUCUCUUAUGGGACAGUGCACAGUAACUUAAAGUAUCGCUCACAGUGAGAACAUUCUUAACUGGUGGUCUGUACUUUGCACACCCUUUUAUAAGUUUUUUUUAUUUUAAUUUUUUGUUUUUGAAUGGCACUUUAGUUUUGUAAGCUCAUUUUUAUUGCUUUUGGUAUUAGUGUUUUUUUUUGGCUUAGGUUGGAUCAAUGCUUCUUCCUUUUUCAGACAUAAUUUGGUAUUACAGUUUCUUAGGCACUACAAAAAUGUCUAGAGUUCAUAAAUGAUACUACAUUGUGUCCUCUUUCUGCAGGUAUAUUUGCAACCCUGAAAAAACUCAAUUCUCUGUCCUUACGUUACAACUUGCUGUGUGAAUUAUCUGAUCAAUCCUUAUCUGGUUUAACCCAAUUGCGCCGGCUAGAUCUGGGUUUCAAUAUGAUCUCCAACAUAUCUUCUAAUUCUUUUUCGGACACGAAAAGGCUUCGGAGACUGAACCUAGAGUGGAACAGUAUUACAGAAAUUCCUUCCUCUGUCCGAUCAUUACGUGCUCUUCAGAUGCUGCGAGUAAGUGGUAAUAACAUCUCAAGGUUGUCCACCACUUCCUUUUCAAGAAAGCUUAAGUCUCUCACCGAGCUCUACUUGGACAACACAGGUCUGAAAACCGUGACUGUCAGGUCUCUUAACAGACUGAACAGACUGGAGUUUCUUGACCUGAGGAACAAUAGCUUGCAGUCUCUUUCUACUAGUCAACUUAAGACCUUCACAAAAAUCUAUCUCACAGGCAAUCCUUGGAAAUGUGAUUGCUCCAUCAUUCCACUUCACACCAGACUUAAACUGGUAAACGAGCAGGAUCCAGAACAGCAAGCAACAUGUCUGAACCCUAAGGAACUGGAGGGUAAGAGCCUCAUCACUCUGGCAGUAAGUUAUACGAUAACUUAUUUUACAAAAUUGAAAGUUGCAUAUGUUCUAGCUGUAUUUAAAGGGACACUAUAGUCACCAGAACAACUACAGCUUAUUUGUUCUGGUGAGUAGAAUCAUUACCUUCAGGCUUUUUGUUGUAAACACUGUCCUUUCAGAGAAAAUUCAGUGUUUACAUAACAGCCUAGUGAUAACUUCACUGGCCACUCCUCAGAUGGCUGUUAGAGAUCCUUCCUUGGUCAUGGCUGCCUAAAAUGCAUCCAAACAUUCAGUAUCUCCUCCCUCUGCAUGCAGACACUGAACUAUCCUCAGAGAUUCAUUGAUUCAGUUUAUCUCUAUAAGGAGAUGCUGAUUGGCCAGGACUGUGUUUGAAUUGUGCUGGCUCUGCCCCUGAUCUGCCUUUUUGUCAGUCUCAGCCAAUCCUAUGGGGAAGCACUGUGAUUGGAUCAGGCUACCACUUCCGCUGAUGUCAGCAGGCAGUGGGCAGGUCUAAAGGAAACAGGGACAAGGCAUGCAGCUGCAGACUUGAAUACAAGUAAGAUUUUACUAUAUUUAGGGAGGAAUGAUGGGACCAGUAUGGCUAGAUGGUGGUUUUAACCCUAUAGGGUCAGGAAUACAUGUUUGUGUUCCUGACCAUAUAAUGCUCCUUUAAGGAAUUAUCAAAGAAACAGUAGAGUGAUGCAUUCAAUUUGAAUCAGACUUUCUCACAAAACAGGCUCAGUUGUGUUUGAUGGUCAUGUUCUAGGCAAACUAUUCUAUAGAUGUAAAGAAUAUAGCAGAAUUCUUCUAUCUAUAAAUAUGUGUGGUGUAUAUUAGGUUGAAAAGACUCCAAUUAUUUUUUUUUAAUCCAAGCUUAAAGUACCACUAACGUCAACCAGACUUAAAUACACCUCUAUUGGCUGUCAAAAUCGGUGCUUGGCAGGAUUAAGUGAGGGAGUGUGGCAUUUGGCCAUGCAAGUGCAUCUUAUCCACUAAUGGAUUGGACGGAAGAUGUCUUGCUGAUGACUUCGGAGGGGGAGUUAGCAGUUGCAGCCGAAGAGUUUUGGCACUGGAAAGAAAGGAGUAAUCUUUACGUUUUAUCAGCAGUGGACAGUGGUCACUGUGAUAGAAGGGAAUCUAUAGGACCCAAAAAAUAUUUUAUUUUCUGGACUAGAGGUUUCCUUCAAAGGAACAUUCUAGUGUUAGGAAUAAAGCAAUGUGUUGGUAUAACUAUUUGGAUUAUUGCCAACCCCAGAAGUAAGUACUGUAUAUACUCGCGUAUAAGUCGAGUUUUUCAGCACAUUUUUUGUGCUGAAAACCCCCCACUCGACUUAUACUCGAGUCAAUGUCUGUAUUAUGGCAACUUGCAUUGCCAUAAUACAGACCAGGACCGCCAGGCUCAUUACAAGCCCGGCGGUCCUGUUGGGGGCUGGCAGCGAGCUGUUACUUACCUUUCCUGCAGCUCCCUUCUCUCUCCUCCGGUCCGGUCAGCUCCCCGUCAGCCUCGCGAGAGCCGCGGGUUACCGUGGCAAUGCUCCGCGCGGCACUCACACAGCGAGACUUACAAUGGAGCUGACCGGACCAGAGGAGAGAGAAGGGAGCUGACAGAGCUGCAGGAAAGGUAAGUUACAGCUCUCUGCCAGCGCCCAUCCACUGGACCACCAGGGAAUGAGAGCCCCCCUCCUUGGCCAGCUAACAAGCAGGGAGGGGGGACGAAUAAAAAUGAAUACAAAUUUAAAUAAUAAUAAAAUAUUAAUAUUUUAAAUAAAUAUAUAUAUAUAUAUAUAUAUUAAUAAUAUAACAAAAAAAAUAAAAGAAUUAAAAAAAUUUUAUAAAAAUGCCCACCCCCCACCGAGGCUUUGCAUCACAUACACAAGCACACUCACACUGCACUCAUAUACACACACACACUGCAUUCGUACACACACUCUGUAAAUAAAUAUUCAAUUAAUAUAUUUUUGGGGGGAUAUAAUUUUAUUUAGAAAUUUACCAGUAGCUGCUGCAUUUCCCACCCUAGUCUUAUACUCGAGUCAAUAAGUUUUCCAAGUUUUUGGGGGUAAAAUUAGGGGUCCCGACAUAUAUUCAGGUCGACUUAUACGCGAGUAUAUACGGUAAAUAAAGCUUUGCAGGAUCUCAUCCAGGAAGUCCCCACUAGAGGCUGCCUGAGUGAGUCACUAGUUAGGCAGCAGUGUAUACACAGCCUUUUCACAGAAAGGUAUUUGCAAUGCUGAGCCUACAGGGACAGGAAGCAGUGGCGUAACUAGGAUGAUCUAGAUCCCUGUGCAAGAUUCAAAGAGGGGCUUGGAAUUGUGUAUAUAUGUGGGACUUGCCGAAUAUAAGUAUGUUGCAGUUAGCUGAGUGUGUAAUUAUUAUUGGUAUUUAUAUAGCGCCAGUUUAUUCUGCAGCGCUUUACAAUAAUAAAUAUUUACAAAACAGAAACAGGUGCACAAGCAACCAGGUAGACACACAUAGUAACAGGCACACGCAGGUACAUACACACGAACAGGCACACUAUUAAAAAAAAUAAAAAAAUUCCCUUACUUGAAAGCUGGACCUGUGGCUACAACCUCUCCCUCUUUCACAUAAGGGAGAAUAGACAAAAAGCAAUUGCUGACACCAAAUCAUACCUCCACCGCUGCUGUCUACCUCCACUGCCCAGUCUCCGCAUUGACUCUCGUCUGACAGCUGAAGCUGCACACUGAGUUUUCUUUCGUUAGUGUGCACCUUCUGCUCCCGAAGACUGGACUGUGGGGACCGACAGGAAAAGGGCUGGGGUGGACUGAGCAGUACAAACGCCAACCCCCCACUGUCAGUAACUUAAAAAUUAGGAAGUCCAGGGCUGGGCCACAAUAUCGACCGUUUCGCCACUGACACAGACAGAAGAUGCACCAGCAGGGGUUAACAGGGCAGCUGGAUCCCCUGGAGUUAUAGGACCGGUCGCAACUGUAACCCCUAUGACCAUGGUAGUUCUGCCACUGACCGGAAACGUCUAUAGUGGCGGUCUGAGAAAAGGCAGUAUUUACAGUACUAAGCCUGCAGGGACAUGUUAUUGACACCAGAACCACUAUAUUAAGCUAUAGUGGUUCUGCUGAAUACAUUGUCCCUUUAAAGCACUCUUUUUAUAAAUGGUGUUGACAUACUUAUCCAAAAUUCAAAGCCUGUCAUUCGAGGUUUGACAGAUUUUUAUGGGUAAAGAGUUUUUCUUUGGAUUCUGGGUGAACACGGGUAUUUCAGAGAAAUGGGGGUUACUACCUACAGACUGCUUGCAACAUAACCAUUGCAAAAUGCUGUAGUGUUUAUGCUGUCUGGAGUGCCACAUUAAAGGGACACUACGGGCAUCAAAACUGCUUUAAAAAGCAGGCUUGGUAUAUAGAUAUGGCACCUACAGCCUCACUGCUCAAUUAACUGCCAUUUAGGAGUUAAAUCACGUUUGUUUCUGUUUAUGCAGCCCUAGCCCCACCUCCUCUGGCUGUAACUGUCCCAGCCUACAUUGAUCAAUGGUUUAAAGGGACACUGAAGGCACCCAGACAAAUUCUGCCCAUUGAAGUGGUCUGGGAGCCAACUCCUUUCACCCUUAACUUAACCCUGCAAGUGUAAUUAUUGCAGUUUUUAUAAACUGCAAUAAUUACCUUGCAGGGUGAAGUCCUCCUCUAGUGGCUGUCUCUCAGACACUAGAGGGACUUCCAUUUUCUUAAAACACGAAAAGUGUUUUAAUCGACGAUGGACGUUCUCACGCUAUGCAUGAGUACCUCCAGCAUCGCAGGAAUCCCCAUAGGAAAGCACUGAAUAAUGCUUUCCUAUGGAGUGGUCUCAUGCGCGCGGCAAGUCUCCCCUGAUGCCAGCAGGGGAGGAGUGUGGGUGAAGCCUGACCCAGCGCCAAGGGACAUCGGCGCUGGAUUCAGAUAGGUCACUGAAGGGGUUUUAACUCCUUCAGCAACAUGGGAAGGGUUGUGGGAGGUAGAGGGGCACUGCAGGAACCUGCAGCGCCAGGAAAACUGAUAUGUUUUCCUGGCACUGGAGAGUUCCUUUAAUUUUUAAGCAGAGAUUAACUUCCUUGACUCCUGGGAAGUCUAAUAGGUGAUUAACAGUGGAGAUUAGAAAUUCUAAAUUAAACAGACUGUGCAAUAAAUCUAAGUUAAAAGUUUAAAUAUUAGGUCUCUUUAUAGAAAGUGUUUAGGAAGGCUGUGCAGGUCACAUAAACAAAUUGAUUUAACUCCUAAAUAGCAGAGAACUGGGCUGUGAGACUACAGGGGCAUGAUGUAUACACUAAAACUGCUUCAUUGGUGAAAAAUAAUGCAAUCUAGUUAUAAAGCAACAAUAUUAUUUUUAUAGUUAAUAGCAAUUUGCUGGCUUUUGAAGAAGCAGUCUCAUAUAAGACUCUCUAGACACUCAUAUCUAUAAAUCUCUCCUUACAUUUCACCAUAAACAACCACGAUAUACAUGCCUUCACUCUCGCCAGCUACAUUCAUAAUGUGGAAUUUGAAUGUCCGCAUUACCAAUAUGAAACUUGCUCUCACUGGAUGGCGAUUUAAUGUUAACACAUCACUCUUAGUGUGUUACUGCAGUGUACAGAUUGGUAUUUUCUCUCUUAAAGGUCAAGUGUCACCAAAAACUGACUUUCAGAAAAUUAAUUCUGAAUUUUGAAAUAUAGUAUGAAAACGUCUACAACAUGUAUAUUGAAAUUUUGUGAAAUACUGCUCCAGAUCUUCCCCGGACUCUUAAUUGGCACCCAACUUGCAGCUCCUUUGGUCAGAUUCCACAUCUAACUAACCAUCAUGAGAUUUGUCACACUGAAACCAUGCGCCACCCAUAACCGUUUUGCCCCCUCAGCAUCUGAACUCUGCCUCCCUCCUACAAUGUAACUCCACAAGUUAUGAAUCUGAAAGAGAUUUGGAGCAGUAUUUUCAUAGUAGAUUUUAAACCUCAAUUUCCUGUAGUUAGUUUUUGGUGACCGUUAUCCUCUUACUUUGCAGUUAUUAUCAAUACACUCCUAAUACAGGUUUCCUCGUGACAUAUCCACAUUUAAUUUGUGGAGUGUGGAAUCCAAAUUGUUUCAAAGUAAAAAUGCAUUGAUGUUUCACUUCACACUGAUGUUAUUGCAUGUACUUAGAAUUGGUUUUUGUGCUAUUGAACCAAAUGUGUGGAGACUUCAAUUAAAUUUUUUUAUUUUUUUUAAAUCCAGUUAUCUAUGCUUACCUGUCCAGCUUUCGGAGAAACCAUUAAGACUACAGUUCCCGUUACCCUUUUUGAAAGCAGAAUGACAGAGCCAUCUAUCUCAGCCGUGGCAGUCACCACAAUGGCAUUCAAAACAUCCUCUAGUAAACAUGUCUCUCAUUCUACAGCUUGGAGUAAUGUGGAAUUUGAUUUACCUGAUCCAUGUCUCUCUCAUCAGAUUUCUAAUGUGUUGGUUAGAGCUUUGGGGGACGAAACUCUUGCAGUGUCAUGGUCAGUCACUGGGGACAUUGAACAGGUUGACUUGCGUUACAAUGCUUCAGAGGGUGAACUUUCACUGCUUAUUAUUGGGGAUAUCAAGCAAGCUCAACUCUUCAGUUUAGAUCCAGGUACUACGUAUAAAGUCUGCAUUGUGCCCCCAAACAAUUACAACUUGAAAUGUGUUAGCCCAAAAGACCAGCAGUGCGGCCUUGGUAAAACAGGUGGAGUUCCUGAGCAGGCACAUCAAGUCCAUUCUCCACACCACACUACAACAUCUCCACUUGUGAUCGUAGGGAUGUCCAUAGGUGUGGCAGUGCUAGUUGUAGUUGCCAUAGUCAUUAUAUACACCCUACGGCCAAGCACCAUCAGUUUCCAACGUUACUACAAUGAAGAUGAGGCCAGAGAAAGGCAAGAAUCUGACCCAUAUAAAUUAUCCACUGUGAACGAGAACACAGAUGAGGAUAGACAAGUUUAUGUCACUGCAUCAAGUGUAUGGGAAAUCAAUAAUGAAAAGAUGGACUGUACCUUGGCCGAACCAAUGCCCUCAUCUGUUCCAAAGUAUGGGGUAUUUUAAAUUUCUACCAAAUGUACGAAUAUUUUUUACUACUGAUCCCAGCGUAUUAUGAGAUUGUAGUAUUUUACACUGGCAGAUUUAUGAACAAAUGGUCUAUUUUACAAUGCUUACCUUGGGUGAAAAAAAAGUAAUGGAAAUCCCUGAAAGUUUUAAUAAAGUGUUGAAACAGCAAAUACGUUAUAUAAAUUAAAAUGUAUUAUCUAAGGCUUGGGGAGAGUUGUCACAUGAGAAUACCAUAUACAGGGCUCAAGCAAUACAUUACUAAAGAGGCCUAAAGGUUGGUCCAUGGCACACUCACAAGGGAUUAUUUGAAUUCAAAAAUGGUAAUUGAGUGGACAUUUUGAGGCACUCCAUAUAGAUAAAUGUACACGUAAUUUAAAAAAAUAAAUAACUUUAUAAAUAUACAACCUUUUCUUACCC